GUGCAAUAUUCGCACCAGAGUAUAGCCGCCCAUAACCGUUACAAGGGCAUUUUUGACGCUCUUAUUCGGGUUCCCAAGGAGCAAGGAUUUCUUUCAUUUUGGAGAGGAAAUUUGACGAAUGUGAUGCGUUACUUUCCUACCCAGGCGUUAAAUUUUGCUUUUAAUGAUCUCUAUAAGUCUAUUCUGCUCAAAGAAGUCAAUCGAAGUGAGAACUUUUGGAAAUACACCUUACGUUCCUUAGCCUCAGGUGGUAUGGCAGCGUUCUACAACGUUGUAGUUUCGUAUAUCCGUUAG